AUGCAUUCGAGCUCGAUAGGCAUCAUAGGCGCCGGUGCUGCUGGGCUAAUCACUGCCAAAACUCUACUCGACGAUGGUUUUGAGAACAUCACGAUUUUGACACGUGAUCAACAUCCGGGAGGAACGUGGGCUGUCGAGCGCAUCUACCCAUCCCUGAAAAUCAACAACGUCCACGGGGAAUAUCGCUUCUCCAGCCUUCCCAUGCCUCCUCCAUCGAAAGCAGAAUCUGGACGUCUGACCGGGGAGGACUUAUCCAACUACCUAGAAUCGUUCACAACUCGAUUUCUCGCAGGCAAGAUUCGGUAUGGGACCGAAGUCCUGGAUGUGAGGCAUAAUCAGACCAGAGACACGAGCGCUUGGAAGAUUCGAGUUCGAGACCUAGUUAAAUCGACCGAGGAAGACAUCUUCUUCGACAAGACUGUCUUGUGUUCUGGCGGCUCGAGCGCUCCUUUGAUUCCGCCUGCUGUGAAAGCGUCUAUGCAUAAGUUCGACGGGCCCGUGCUUCAUACGUACGAGUUCAAGAAGAUGAUGGAAAUUGUUCUCAAAACAGUCGGUCCCAGAGCAACACCGGACGCUGGAACGGUAGUCGUGGUAGGAGGUGGAAAAUCUGCGCAAGAUGCUGCCGCCAUGCUUGCUCGUGAAGGUCGUAAGGUAACGGUCGUAUUCGGCAAGGCAAAUGCGUUCAUUGCCGCUCCUAUUCCGUUGCCUGAAUUCAUCCGAAAGAGCAGAAUCCUUGCUAUCAUGAGCGGUUAUAUUGAGCUCAACAGUUGUCUCGAACGUUUCCUCCACAAAACUGGGAUCGGCAGCUGGAUCGUCUUCCUCUUCUGGGAGUUCCUUGUCCAGAUAUCUUUUUUGACCGCUCGAAUCCCGCUCGGAUCGCCGCUUCGCAACACACACUCCCUCUUCUGGGAAUACCGCUCCGACGAUCUUGGAGCCCCAUCCUCCACCGACUGGCUCUCCCUAGCCAACAACUCCCCCUCCUCUGGAAUCAAGAUCAUAUCUCCGGCCAAAGUCAUAGGCCUGGAGAGUCAGGCCGUCCUGCUCAGUGACGGAUCGAAGGUGAAUGCUGACGCAGUGGUUCUUGGGACUGGCUUUUCCUCGUCGUGGGACGCUCUUUUUGAUGAUGAGACGAAGGAAGAGCUUGGACUUACGCAACAUGCACCAUCCGACGAGUUCGACACCGAAUGGGACUCCUACCAGUCACUUUCACGCCCUCCUCGUGUUCUGGACGCGGAUAAGCGCUGGGCCACAUCAAUCUACCGAGGAAUCGUUCCUUCCAAGAUAAUCGAUAGGCGAGAUUUCGCCAUCAACGGAUCCAUACUCGCUGCCAACUUCGGUUAUCUGACCGAAGUGUCUUCUCAUUGGAUAUCGUCCUAUUUCCUCGACGACCCCUUCCUCAAAGUCCCAUCCGCAGAAGAUGCAUUCAAAGAGACUCAGCGACACACUGCCUGGCUUCGGAAACGAUUCCCGUACGAGGUCAUGUGGGCCAAUGCGAGUUAUAGUGGAGAUCUCGCACUCUGGUCGUGGCCGCAGACUGUCGACAAACUUCUCCGUGAUAUGAGCCUACGGGACUUCAGAAGCGGAGGAAGCGCGUUGACGUGGGCGUUCCGAAUCAUCGAUUUGAAGGAGAUUUCGACUCUCGGCGCAGAACGGAGGGCUCUUCGUGGGCAGCGGUAAUGUCUACUACAUAUCCAAUCAAAGCCUGGUCGCAACUCUGUUACCAUUGAUUGACUACCAACAUCCGUGCAUAUUUUUU